CUCGAUCUUUGUAGAAGGAGAAGGGAUCGCUCGUAGCGUGAAACGUCAUAGUUUACAGAUCCCGGUGGUUUUCUUUUUUUUUUUUUUUUUGUUUUCCUUCUAUGCGUUCCUUUCUCCUUCGUAUAAACAAUGGCCCGUAGGAGACAAUACGCGUUAAUAUUGUUCGAUUCUUUCUUUUUUUUCUCUCUUUGAUAUCUUAAAAAAAAAUUGCCGCGAUUAUACUAUUCUGCCGUCGUCCUGUCGAUAUUUUUGAAGGACAACUACUACGUAAGACAUUUCGAGUUUUAUCAAAGUAGCAAAAAGAUAAGCGAAUGCAAGAAAGAAGAAGAGAGAGAGAGAGAGAAAGAGAGAUAUAGAUAGACAGUUAAUACUCUGUUACGAAGCGUUUGGAAAAUAGUGCCGUCAGUGUGUGUGAUCGGAAGACAUUCGACAAAGAAAAAAGGAAGGUAAAGAGGAAGGAGUAAAGAGGAAAAAUAGAAUACGAACACAGUUUCAGAUCCAUCAAAUGCAGUCACCUCAGAAGCUAAAACAACGCCGAAACGCGUCGUCGUCGACGACGUACAGGCAACCGACUUUAUCAUCGUUGACAACUCGUUGCUAUCGUCCAAGACCAAUGAUAAGUUUGAUACGUGUGCAACGAUACCUGGGGUGAUUUUGGAAAGACGUUAAAUUUGUCGUGGAUCAAUCGAACGUGAGAGAAGAAAAGAAAAAGAAAAAGGGUUCGCAAGCAAGUGCGUUUCUUUUUUUUUUUUUCUUUACGUUAACAUCGAAGAGGAUUAAAAGUGACACUGGGAGAUUCUUUUGAAGAGGAAGGCGUGUUUUGUAUAUAAUUCCUCGCAUUCCAGUGUGUACUCGUUUCACACGUGCGUUACUGUACGCAUGACACCAUAUCAUCCCUCGUUCUCCAUAAAACGUGCGCAUAAUAAUCGUCUUGCCGUUGUUUUUGCAUGUUGUCCGUCGUAGUACGACACAAAUUCGUUAUCUUUGCCAUUAGUCGCGUUACUACCACCACCACCUUGUCGGGUCUCUUUUUUCUUUUUUUUUUUUCCGUAUUAUAACAAAGCACAAGAAAAAGAGAGGACACCUCGAGAAGGGGAAACUUUUUCGAAGGAGCUCCGGCACGUUGGAGGAGGAAGCGAUGCUACCACCCGCUGCGCUGCAUCUGGAGGAGAGAAUGAACGGCGAUAGGACAGCGAGAGAGCGAUUUCCAUCGUCGAGCAGCACCGAUGACGAUCAAAGUGGGUCGGAUGCUGAGCACGAUACAUCAACAAUACGCGGGAAGGUCCAUUCUGGGAUUCUUCAUCACUCCACCGCGCAUUCUGUCAGGAAACGUCGUGGUAAUCUACCGAAGCAUUCGGUGAAGAUUCUCAAACGAUGGCUGUAUGAGCAUAGAUACAACGCUUAUCCAAGCGACAGCGAGAAAUUAACUCUCAGCCAGGAGGCGAAUCUCACCGUAUUACAGGUGUGUAAUUGGUUCAUCAACGCAAGGCGAAGAAUUUUACCGGAGAUGAUCCGCAGAGAAGGACAUGAUCCUCUUCAAUACACUAUAUCACGUCGUGGUAAAAAAAUGCCAGGUGGAAGUCAUCAACAACCAUCGAUUAAUCAAAGGAGCAACCAAAACUGGGAUCCUCUGGCCGAAUGCAGUGCGCCGAAACGUAGAAGAGAUCACGAUUAUGGAGAAGCAACUGGCCUGAUGUAUCGAAGUGAAGAGGAUAGUCCGAACGACUAUGAAAGCAGUUCGCAUAGCGAGGAAGAACGUCCUGCUACUCAGUGGCCAAGCGUAAUUGUUUAUCCGUAUUCGGAAACCAAAGUAGAGAAAAAUGAUCAACCUAACUACGGAGACGCGAUAGCCCAUCCAGCUCGACGAGGGGACGAGGAAGAUUCGUCGAUAGUAAGCGAAGCUGCAUACUGGAGUGCACCAAGGCAACAUUUGACGACAACUCCAGACGUGCAACACGAGACAGAAGUUUAUAGUAGUACGCACAACGCUCACAAUCCUCGCAGCGAUGAAACACCACCACCGACGCCCCCGGAAGAGGACAAGGACAAGUUCAAGUGUCUGUACCUGCUCGUCGAGGCUGCUGUUGCAGUACGGCAGCAGGAAGAGAAGGAACGCGAGAGUGCUGUUUCUGUUUAACAGUUUAACUUAUCGCGAAAGAACAGAGCCACGAUGAAGUUCCUGGUGCUUUUUGGAUUACGCUUUCCUUUUAUUUUUCUCACAAGUGAACAAGAGAUAGGAAAAAACAACGUGUUUCACAUAGAGAUAAAGAUAAAGCGAUGAAAAAAUGGUGGCCAUAAUGAUAAUAUAAUUUUUGUUCAAGACAUUUCGUUUUUGAGAUCCGCUUGUCGAUGUAGCAACCAACGGCGGUUAAUUCAUUAGAAUUGAUUAACUCCAUUCAUUAUUUGCUCCAAAGACAUGCGAAUCAACCAUCCGACAAAACGGAGCUUUAAUUGUUCCGUUCUUCAUUAUUAACGCGAUUUUUUGAUUUAAGGAAACUAGUUUUCGUUUCAUAUUGACGAUCCAACGCAUUGCUGUACUUUGAGAUAUUUUGAGCAAAAGUGUUACGCAUUUUCAUGCGUUCUUUUUGUGUCAUUGACGUAAAGAGGUUGGAUAACGUUCGAUCUCUUUCUUUUUCUUUUUUCUUCUUUUUUUCUCAUUUUUUUUUUCCUUUUUUCUUUCUUUUUUCUUUCAUUUUUCUUCCCCCUGCCCUUUUGUUCUUUCUUUCUUUCUUUUAUUCUUUUUCAUAUAUUAAGUCGCGCUUAAAGGUCCAUCGCUACGAAUUGCACCGGGAAGUGGCGAAAUAUCUAAUGUUUCUUAUAUCAUGAACGGUAAUCCUCGUUUGUAGCAGCGACUAUUGUAGAUAUAAUGGAUAAUAAGAAACGAUAGUAGGGGGUUUAAAGUAUUUAGAAAUAUAUCGUACGUACGGAUUAAAAGGAACGAGUGGACUUUAGAAAAAAUCGCCUUUAGAAUUGUAAGGUCUGUGCUUUGAUUUUCGCACAUAUGAUUAUUUGUUCUUAUUAAAAGAGAGGAAAGAUAACGUAAUGAUCCGAAAUUAUGUUCAUACAUUAUUUUUUGUCGAAUAGAAGUAUAUGUAUGAAGUACAGUUCAUAUAUAAUAUUUCAAUAUGUAUGUAUAUAUGAUAGAAAACAACGCGAAGAUAUUGACGGAAUAAACAAUACCGACUCGUGUAAUUUUCGCGUUAAACGACAACCAGCUAGCUGCCAAUAUAUGGACAAAUUAUCUAUUCGUUAAAGUUGCAUAUUACAUUGUGUAAGAACACCCGAGAACGUAGAAAGAAAAAAACAACGUUUCGCCAUUUUCCAGAUCGUAUCGGUGUGUCCUGGUUGUGCAUUUAUCCUGUUUUGCACGAGUAUCGGUUAAUAAGUUUAUACGAGUAGAAAAGUGUUAACGAACGAUUUGACAACGUAAAGAUGAGUUAUAUAGAUUUACGUCCAAAUCUACAAGUUCACGAUAUAUUAUCUUUAUUUUCUUUUUCUUUUUUUUUUCCCCUUUUCAUUUCUUUUUUUCUUUUCUUAUUUUUUUGUAGAAAUUACUAGAGUUAUAUUGUGUUUAAGAACUGAUUCACAUGGCGAGCGAAUUGAUUGAUUUAUUACGAUAUUCUUACAGUAAAAUGUCCCAUUUGUUGCCUCCAGCAACAAAUUUUAGUGAAUCUAUUACGACUAUCGUUUCUCUAUGCUUACAUGAAUUGUAAAAUGAAGUUAAAUGAAGUUAAAAGAAAAUGUAGGGAAGUGAAAGAUUCUACAGAAUUAAAAUAUACGACACGUAUAUUUUAUACGGUGCCAAAAACGAAGAGAGAGAGGAGAGAGAGAGAGAGAGAGAGAGAGAGAGAGAGAGAGAGAGAGAGAAAGAAAAGAAAAGAAAAAUAAGCGCGAAGGACAAUGACGAUUAAGGAAAAUUUGUGCACACUUUCCGACACUUUGUACUAAGUAAAACGAAAUUCCGCGAAAAACAAAAAGGUAAAAAAAAAGAAUAAAUAAAUAAAAAGACAAACGCGAAACACAUCACAAAUGUGCCUUCUUCAGUGACUGUUUAAAAAAGCGACGAUUAACUUAAAAAUGAAUGGUAGUAGACUUUGGAAAAGCAACGAUCUCAUUCGACUUUUAAAAGAAUUUAAUAGUCGCCAAUUAACUCACGUCUCCUCUAUACAUAUAUGUCGGUUAUUAUACGUAAUUAACAAACAAACAAAAAAAAUAAGAGAAAGAAAAAUAGUUAACUUGAUUCAUCGUUCUGAGCUUUAUUCAACUUUUAAAGCCAGCGUUCCUCGCAGUUUUAUAUAUACAUAUAUAUACACAAGCCUACGUUAUACAGAAAACAUACAGUUACAUACGCGUUCAUAUAUUUAUACGUAAGAGCGUAACGUACGAGGUAGACAGUCAAAAUUAAUUCGUGUUAUUAGAAUAAUUGAAACAAAACAACAAAAAUGAAAAUAAGCGCACUCUCGAGUUUGACAAAAGUUAUUUAGAGUGUCAAGGCAAACACUUAGAAUUACAAUUAAAAAUAACAACGAGGAUUAUGAACUCACAAUUUUAAAUGGCUCGAUUCUCAUCUGUAAAUUAUUUUGACUAUUGUUUAACAUUUAUACGAUUUCUAAGCCUCAUCGAUCACAGUCUAAUGUUAGAUUUUUCAUUAAAAAUCUCUUAUUCACAUUAUGUUUUAAGUUCGUAGAGAUUCUAAGAACCUCUUUCAGUUUAUCUUCUUUUGUGUAUCUUCCGUUAUUAAUCUUGAAUUUUUAUUUUCUAGUUGUAAACAAGAAUGUUCCCAUCGUCAAAAGAAUUUUCUUAUUUUCGUGUUCCCAUAGAACAUACAACACAGCAAUAUUAGAAUUUAAGUGAAAUUUUUGAAGGAGAAUCGGGCAAAAAAAAAUUGUGUUUAAAAGCAUUGGAAAGCCUCAGGCAUAUCGUAUCUCAUUAUUAGAUUUUUAUUUUCGUAUUUAAGCAAUCGACUCGAUUAUACGUAUACAAUACAAACACACACAUAUUAUACAUAUAUAAUAUAACUACAUACAAAACGCAACAUAUAGUGUUUAAACGGCCUUUUUGCUCCUAAAUUUCGAUUGGUGGAGCACAUCUUGUUAAGAAAAUUUUGUAUCAUGAUAUACGGAACGCUAUUCUCACGAGUUUUACUCGCGUCCCUAUUGCUAACUGACUAGUAACAAUCUAGUAAUCUGACAAAUAACAAUCUCUUUUGUAACCGAUAAUAAAAAAAAAAUAAAAAAACAACGUGUACUCAAUAGAAGUAUAUCAAAUUUUAAAAUAAUAUAGUUUGAAUAUGGUCUGGUCUGUAUCUUUGUGUGGAAAUAUUAGAAGAAUAUAUAAAAAGAAGAGU